AAUUCAGUUGCUCACGAGCAUCCGUCGACUGAUGAACAUGGCCUCUUACACAUCGAACAGCGCGAGUGUCGUGCUCGCGAUGUGCCGUAACGCUCUUCUCCUCGUGGUGGCGAUCGUGGCCCUUAGCGGGGCCAAUCCCGAAAAUGGCCUGAAGGUGGACAAGAUGUACAUGCCUGAAAUAUGCGAUGUCAGAUCGAAAAAGGGCGACCAGCUGACCAUGCACUACACCGGCACGCUACAGGACGGCAGCAAGUUCGAUUCAAGCUUGGACAGGGAUCAACCAUUCACCUUCCAGCUGGGUGUUGGACAAGUCAUCAAAGGUUGGGACCAGGGUCUCUUGGACAUGUGCGUGGGUGAAAAGAGAAAGUUGACGAUACCACCCGAACUUGGAUAUGGCGAGAAGGGUGCCGGAAACGUUAUUCCUGGUGGUGCUACUCUUACAUUCGAGGUUGAGCUCAUGAACAUUAGCGACUCACCACCAACCGCUAACGUUUUCAAGGAGAUCGAUGCCGACAAAGACAACCAGCUGUCUCGCGAGGAGGUGAGAGUAAUGGUGAGCGAUUACUUGCGAAAACAGGUGAUAGAGGCGGAGCAAGCCGGUGGCGAAAAUGAGGAUGUGAAGAAAAUGCUGGCUGAUCAUGAUAAACUUGUUGAGGAGAUCUUUCAGCACGAAGACAAGGACAAGAAUGGCUUCAUUUCCCACGACGAGUUCAGUGGGCCGAAGCACGAUGAGCUCUGAAGUCUUUGUCUCGCAUUAUCGCGUCUCCGAGCGCCCGUUGUCGACGUCCUCGUCGCUCCUGUCAUCGAUGACGUCGUCGCGCCCCGCGCCACCACGUGUUCACCUCUGUAUAAAAAUCACCUCUUUGAGUCCCCUCUCGGGGAUUCCUGAAGGAUCCCCUUGAUCGAUCGCCUCGGGCACACGUGCUUGCAAAAACCAACCGAAUUUACCAACAAACUUUUCCAGCUCAGCAUCACUGACACACGCAAAAGGGAUGCGACCUUCGAGAAUCCCCGGCUUGUAGAGUCCUACUCCUUGAUUGCAGGAAACCUCCGGACGUAAGCGGACGAGAUCAGCAACAAAGCUGGAAAAUCCGUAAAUAGAUUUUAAAGCUUUGAAAGAGAUUUUAAGAAAUCUUCCGAAGCUUCUUGGGAGCUGCUCGAUGGCAUUCCAAAUCCAUAAUUUGAAGAUUUCUUGAUUUUUGAAUCCUCCGGACGUAUGAUCCUGAAUUGAGGAUAUGUUUGCACUCGUUUGAAAUAGGAAUUGCGAGUCCACCUUCUACGCACAGCAUUGCUUGAGAAAUCUACAGAGGAAAUCUCGACCGACUUUUUGGCAUAAUCGCCAUUUGAAUCUUUCUAAUUCUGGCACAACUUAUUAGGAACAUCUGCAAGUUUUUUACCGUUACUUAAUAAUGUUUCGUAGAUUUCAUGGUAUUUAUCAUAAAAGUCAAAAUUUUAUUUUUAACAUUUUGAUAGUAAUAAGAAUUUACAAGUUGCAAAUGGUAUUAUAUAAUUUAUUUUCAACAAAAUUACGAUUUUUUAUAAUAUUGAUCGCAUUCAUAAGUUAUUUAAAAUAAUAAAACUUGUGAAUUAUAUCAAUUCUUAUCAAAUAAAAUUACUAGCAGUGAAAAAUAAAAUACACGUCAUCCGCUAAAUCGUAAACAAUAUAAUAUACGUAUAUAAUAUGUAUUAAAUCAAAUAUAAUCGAUAAAAUAAUUUUUUAAAUUAUUGGUUAAGAUUUGAUCUUUUUUUCUUUGUUUUUGUUAUAUUCUGUUCUAACAUCUUGCUUCAUGAACAUUCAUGAUAAAAUUAUCGCGGAUAUUCCUUGAUAAGCGACAUUCCGGCGCAAAACGACGCUAUUGUACAUUUUAAUACGAUAUUACAACAAAAUAAACGAAAAAUAUACGAAUGUCUGCUCGAGUGUUUGUGUCGUAGCGUGAAGUGAAAGGCUGUGUGUGUUCCGCGCUAUAUGUAUUAUAUAUAAAUAUAAAGAGAAAGAAAGAAAGAUUGUGAUGACAGAACGAGAAAAGGUAUGAUGAAGAAAGUGUUUUUUCUACAUGAUUAUAAAUGUUAGAAUAAUUCAAAGGCAUCGACAUAUGGUGCUAAAAAUCACACAUACAUUCUAUCCUACUCUCUCAAAGCUUCCACCAACUCCCCUAUUCUCCCCCUCCCCCCUAUUCCGUGCCCCACAAUCACUAUAAUCUCAGCCAAAAAUGAUUCCUUGCUCGAGAAUUGCUCGCGCAAUAUUCACGUUAGGAGACGAGAAGAGGAUGACGAAGAAGAUGAGGAGAAGAAAACAUCCCGAGGAUGCGCAGUGGAGAUAAAUGUGGUCGCUCUUUCGCGAGCCUCCCCCUAUCGUCGCGCUAUCAUUAUUACAUUUUAACUGAUACGUUUUUUAUUACUACAUUAUAUUGUAUGUUGUUAAAGUUGGAUGAAGGUUAAUAAUAAAUCAUGUGUCUCGAGCACAGUUUGUUAUGUAA